UUGGUUUCUCUGAGGAUGUCUGGUUCUCGUAAAGAGUUUGAUGUGAAACAGAUUUUGAAAAUCAGAUGGAGGUGGUUUGGCCAUCAAGCAUCGUCUCCUAAUUCUACAGUUGACAGCCAGCAGGGAGAAUUUUGGAAUCGAGGACAGACUGGAGCAAACGGUGGGAGAAAGUUUUUAGAUCCAUGUAGCCUACAAUUGCCUUUGGCUUCAUUUGGUUACCGAAGGUCCAGCCAACUGGAUUUUCAGGAUUCACCUUCUUGGCCAAUGGCAUCCACCUCUGAAGUCCCUGCAUUUGAGUUUACAACAGAAGAUUGUGGCAGUGCACACUGGCUGAAUAGACCAGAAGUGGAUGAUGGCACUAGUGAAGAAGAAAAUGAAUCUGAUUCCAGUUCAUGCAGGACUUCCAAUAGUAGUCAGACAUUAUCAUCCUGCCAUACUAUGGAGCCAUGCUCAUCAGAUGAAUUUUUCCAAGCCCUUAAUCAUGCUGAGCAAACAUUUAAAAAAAUGGAAAACUAUUUGAGACAUAAACAGUUGUGUGAUGUAAUUUUAGUUGCUGGUGAUCGCAGAAUUCCAGCUCACAGAUUGGUGCUCUCCUCUGUCUCAGAUUAUUUUGCUGCCAUGUUUACUAAUGAUGUCAGAGAAGCAAGACAGGAAGAAAUAAAAAUGGAAGGUGUAGAACCAAAUUCAUUAUGGUCCUUGAUUCAGUAUGCAUAUACAGGCCGCCUUGAAUUAAAGGAAGAUAAUAUUGAGUGCCUGUUAUCUACAGCUUGCCUUCUUCAGCUUUCGCAGGUUGUGGAAGCAUGCUGUAAGUUUUUAAUGAAACAGCUUCACCCAUCCAACUGUCUUGGAAUCCGUUCUUUUGCUGAUGCCCAGGGUUGUACAGAUUUGAAUAAAGUGGCUCACAAUUACACUAUGGAGCAUUUCAUGGAAGUAAUCAGAAACCAGGAAUUUGUAUUACUACCAGCCAAUGAAAUUGCCAAGCUCUUGGCCAGUGAUGACAUGAACAUUCCUAAUGAGGAGACAAUAUUGAAUGCACUUCUUACUUGGGUCCGUCAUGAUUUAGAACAGAGACGGAAAGAUCUCAGUAAGCUUUUGGCUUAUAUUAGGCUACCUCUUCUUGCACCUCAGUUCCUAGCCGACAUGGAAAAUAAUGCACUUUUUCGGGAUGAUAUAGAAUGUCAGAAACUCAUUAUGGAAGCAAUGAAAUAUCAUUUAUUACCAGAGAGACGACCCAUGUUACAAAGUCCUCGGACAAAACCUAGGAAGUCAACUGUUGGUACAUUAUUUGCAGUUGGAGGAAUGGAUUCAACAAAAGGAGCAACAAGCAUUGAAAAGUAUGACCUCCGUACAAAUAUGUGGACUCCUGUAGCAAAUAUGAAUGGGAGGAGGCUACAGUUCGGUGUUGCAGUGUUAGAUGACAAACUGUAUGUGGUUGGAGGGAGAGAUGGACUGAAGACUUUGAAUACUGUAGAAUGCUACAACCCCAAAACAAAAACUUGGAGUGUGAUGCCUCCUAUGUCCACACAUAGGCAUGGCCUUGGUGUGGCUGUAUUGGAAGGUCCUAUGUAUGCAGUAGGAGGGCAUGAUGGCUGGAGCUACCUGAAUACAGUGGAAAGAUGGGACCCUCAGGCUCGCCAGUGGAAUUUUGUCGCCACUAUGUCCACCCCCAGGAGCACAGUAGGUGUGGCAGUACUAAGUGGAAAACUUUAUGCAGUUGGUGGUCGUGAUGGAAGUUCUUGUCUUAAAUCAGUAGAAUGUUUUGAUCCUCAUACGAAUAAAUGGACGCUUUGUGCACAGAUGUCAAAAAGGAGAGGCGGCGUAGGAGUAACAACCUGGAAUGGAUUGCUGUAUGCUAUUGGAGGACACGAUGCUCCUGCAUCCAACUUGACUUCCAGACUCUCAGACUGUGUGGAGAGAUAUGAUCCCAAAACAGAUAUGUGGACUUCGGUGGCAUCUAUGAGCAUUAGCAGAGAUGCAGUGGGGGUCUGUUUACUUGGUGAUAAAUUAUAUGCUGUUGGAGGAUAUGAUGGACAAACUUAUCUUAAUACAGUGGAGGCUUAUGAUCCCCAGACAAAUGAGUGGACCCAGGUUGCUCCACUGUGCCUAGGAAGAGCUGGGGCUUGCGUUGUGACUGUAAAAUUAUAACUUAGUGCUUUGUUUUCUAAAUGAAGAUAUCCUCUUCCUUUAGUAACUUAGUACAGUUAUUCUUCUAUCAGUGGAUACAUUUUUAGUAAAUGUGCAGUGCCACAUUCCUGGGCACAAAGUGCCUGAUCCCAAAGUGAAGAUGUUAAAACAAAGGAGGGAAGGAGUGGUUGGACCAGGAUUAAAUACUUUCAUUUCUUAGUAUAUCAAAACUACAGCUGGUGGAUUGUGAACAUAUGUUCCUGAUAUAAAAUAUGAGGACAAAUGUGCUGCUCUGAAACACAACCCAGUGCUAACUGAGAAUUUCAUGGAUUCAUAACCAAGAACAUUUUACUCACAUUACCAGAUUUAUUUUAUUACAGUGCAAACACACCAGAUAAAAAUUCUAAAAUAUUGCUUUGUAAGUUUAACAUACAUGAGUUGGAGUAAUUUUUAUUUGUUUGCUUGCUUGUUUAACUACAUCCACUAUUUUAAUGACAUACUAAAGACUAUACUAUUUACUUUUUUCAGAAACACCUGCAUUAUGUAUGCUUUGGUUGUGGAUUUUAUUUGUAGAAUUGGUUUAGUCCAGUGAAUAGAGAAAAACAUUGAGUUAAAAGAACAGUGACCAAAUAAAAACUUGAUAUGAUCUUUGGGGUACAUUUAAAUAUUUAUUCCAUUACAUCUAGAUUUCACCAAGAACUAUAUAUUAUGAUAUUCUUGAAUUGUCAAUG